AUGGGGCUCAAGCGCAUUGCGAGGGUAUGUGUCGAAAGUGAGGAAGAGAAAAGCGAGGAAAAUUCACUCAGGGACGGUUCCGUCUGCAUGGACCAUUGCACUUUCGCAUGGAAUCCGAGAAAGUCCUCCGGACCGCAAAGCGCGAAUAUUGCGCUGUGGGAUGUCAGCCUCCAAAUCGAACCCGGUUCGCUGGUGGGAGUGGUCGGCUUUGUGGGCAGCGGAAAAUCUGCACUCCUAGCCUCCAUGCAAGGCGAGAUUCACCGAAUCAGCGGCUACUGCAGCAUUGCCGGAUCAGUGGCGUGUGUUCCUCAAGGCUCGUCUGUCUUCAACAUGACUGUCAGGGACAACAUUCUAUUCGGAAAGGCACUGGAUGUAGCUCGUUACACGCGAGUGUUGGACGCCUGUGAACUCCUGCACGACGUGGAACGUUUUCCAGCAGGAGACCUAACUGAAGUCGGAGAAAAGGGUGCAACGCUCAGCGGAGGACAGAAGCAAAGGAUCUCACUCGCUCGCGCAGUGUACAGCGACAGCAGCGUCUACCUUCUGGACGAUCCGCUUAGUGGGCUGGAUGUCCAUGUGGCUGCCAAAGUUUUCAAGCGAGUCAUUGGAAACAAUGGACUACUUCGCAACAAGACACGGAUCGUGGUGUCGAACCACAGCCGCUUCCUCGAACAAAUGGACCGUAUUCUACUUGUGAUCAAUAAGCAGGUUGCUUCGUUUGAGAAUUUUGACGACCUAAAAAGUGACCCGAGAUGCCCCAUAACGCUACAUCAAGAUGACAAAGAAAGCAAGGCAGAAGAAAGCGGCCCGCAGAGGAAGUCUCAACUGAACGAGGGAAAUGAAAUUACUGCACGAGUAACAGGUGAUGAAGUUGAGGAAUCGAAAAUGGGACGGAGCGAGCUGUUGUUUUCAAUGUUGAGAAUAUGUGGACCGUGGGCCGCACUGACUGCACUGAGCUUUGCUCUCCGUGCCGCUGCGGUCGGAAUCUACCUGGUAUGGAUAAAGAGCUGGACUAUUGAGAGCAGCCGCCACGAGACCAAACCGGAAUGGGUCAUUGGCCUGGCAGUGCUCUGCAUUUCAGAUAUGGUCUUCGGGUGUCUAGGAGCCGUCCUGUUAGCUGUGGCCUGUCGAAACCUUUCCAGCCGUUUGCACAAGGCCAUGAUCCGGAGCGUGUUGCGCUGUCCCGUGCACUUCUUCGAUGCCACACCGAGAGGCCGAGUGCUGAACCGCUUCUCGGCUGACAUUGAUAACAUCGAGACCCGGUUUUAUCUUGCGGCCAAACAAGUCCUAGAGACGAUUGCCCUAGGUGUCGCCAGGAUCGUCGUGACUGGCCUCCAGUCACCGGCGGCUGGGCUCGUGGGCGGCUCAGUGACUGCUAUAUUUCUCUUCCUAGUGGCAGUCGUUGCGAAAGCGUCCAAUGCGGCAAGGCGCCUGGAGAGCGUCGAGUUUUCCCGCCUUCUCCAGCACGUGGCCGAGACUCGAGAGUUGCUCAGCGUAGUCCGGUCGUACGGUGUCACGGACUGUUUCUGUGAACACUACUAUGGUAUCGUGGAUGUCGCCCUGAGACCUCUGCUGGCACUGUUUGGCUGCUUACGUAGCGUCCGCUUCCUCGGAGGUCUUUGCGGCUUCUUGGUCAUUCUGGCCUCCGUCGUCUUUGGAGUCCUGGCCUUAGGAACGAGCCGAGACGUGGCCACUGAUGAAACCACGAUGGGACUCGCGCUCAGUUCAUCCAUGGCGAUACCUCUUCUAAUCAUCGGCGCCACUGCAAGUGUGUUCGUGUUCACACAAACAUUCGUGUGUUUCGAGCGUUGCCUUGAAUACACGCGAUUGACUCCAGAGGAAAACGAAGAUUUUUACGACGUCUUUUGUGAAACAAAUCACUCAUACAAAACACGGCGGGGUCUGCUUUCAUCUUACGAAAUGAUGCCAGCAAUUGCUUCUUGGACGCCCGGUGGGAGAGUUGAGUUCAACCACUACACAGCGUCCUAUAGGCCAGGAAUCAUGCCUGACGCACUCGCCGACAUCUGUUUUGUCGUAGAACCCCGGGAGAAGGUCGGCAUAGUCGGUCGUACCGGCGCUGGAAAGUCAUCGCUAUUCAUGGCUAUUCUUCGGGUCCUGGAAGCGACGCAUGGUUACGUGUGCAUAGACGGCGUCAGCAUUACAUCAGUUCCUCUGCAGAAGCUGCGCUCCGUCGUGACCUUGAUCCCGCAGGACUCAAGUCUGAUGCGUGGCACACUAAGGGAUGCCUUGGACCCCACUGGCAGCCACUCUGACCAGGAAGUGUGGCUGGCAUUGCACCGAGUACAUCUUGCCGAGUUCGUUAGUAGUCACCCGGACAACAUAAUGAUGCACGUGGGCGACGGUGGAAGCAACCUAAGCGCCGGCGAGCGGCAACUGUUGUGCCUCGCACGAGCUCUGCUACGGCGUCCUCGGCUGCUUCUUAUGGACGAAGCCACGUCGCACAUGGACGGCGACACGGAGAGGCUCGUUCGGAGCACGCUGCGAGAAAGCUUCGACAACUGCACAGUCUUGACUAUCGCUCACAGACUGGAGACUGUGCUAGAGUAUGACAAGAUACUGGUAAUGGAGAAUGGACGUGUGGUCGAGUUUGGGCCAACAGAAUUGCUGUCUUCGAACCACGAGUCAGCCUUCUACAAAAUGCUCCGGCAUGCCGGAGUGACCUUACGUCGCAGUGAAUCGUGCGAGUGAGACCUCCAUGCCGCCACUUCCCUUGUCAUCUACUCGGUGUCUCCAAUAAAG